AGGCGCAACGUAUGAAAAACUUGCUCAAAUACAAAAUUUUCAGUUCAACUGUGAACAAAAAUGAAAUUCUUGGACAUCGUAUUCCGUAUACUAAUUGUAACUUCACUGACACAAGGUUUGUACAGCUCAGAAGAAAAAAAUGAGUCUAGAAAUUCACCCCAUAAAUCUGAAAGCAGUGAAAGCUUCAAGCACCACAAACAGGACUCAGAUCGUUUGUUAUUCCAAGUUAACGCUCAACAUGGCUAUUACUUCCCUCGUCACAAAACGCAAGAAAAAGUAGCCCUUUUGGACUACCGCAACAACAUUAGCGUUUUCUACGAUGGUCUAACAGGAGAUGCUUUUGGUUUUUUCUAUGAAAGAGGACUUGGAAUUUACAUCCCAUCAGGAGUUACUGAUAAAACUUGGAACGUGAAGAGACAAAGUUACGAGGAAUAUUUCAAAGACCCAUUUCCUCCACAAGAGAUUCUUUCUAUUGGUGAAAGAAAAGGAAUCCAGUUUGAUCCACAGCUCAUUUCGGACGAUACAGCCGAGAAGUUAUCAGAGAUUUUGACACCCUUGAGUACAGACUAUUCUUCUGAGUGUGAAGCUUUUGCCACUGCUUUACACGUCUCUAAAAUAACGUCUGAUCGGCAUAAGACGUAUUUAGCGGAUUUUGAAGGUGUCAUGGGUAACGUUUUGACAGAAAUUCAAGGCGAUUUCAAGUGGUUGGUAGGAAUGCAUCAGGGGUUAGCCGAAUAUUUUACACCUUUUGGUGGUAUAGACGCUUUAAACAAAAAAAAGAUUCAUUUAGAUCUUGCUGUAAUUUUGAACAAAAAGGGUGGGAUUUACGUUCUGUGUUAUCUUCUAGAAAUACUGGCUCCGAAAUUUGACUUGAAGAAAGUGUCUGGGGAACAGAUGAAUGGUGAACCUCAGUUUUUUAUUCUUAUUAAUAAACUAGGGGGUGAAAUUGAUCAUGGUUAUGACGGACUUAUCUACAUUUUGACCGAAAUCACUCUGUACAAUUACGGCGAAAACUCCAAAGAAAAUUUACGUAUUCUUUUAGUAAGGUAUUGUACCAAUCCGAGAGGAAAUAGUGAUGGUUUAGAAGAGAAGUGGCUGUCUUCUAUUCAAUUUCUGCGGAAAACGAUUAAAGAGUUAAAACUUGAGGACCCUUUCAAUGAUUUAGUAAAGCGUCUUGACGAUAUAAUAGCCGGAAAGUGGUGUCAAAAAGGCGUUAACAUGUCUGCUGUUGUCAAAGAAAUUGUCCAGCUUCAACUUCCUGGAAAAGCAAAAUACGCAGACAAGAUUUUAGAUAAGAUAGAGGAUAAACAGUAGACUCAUUUUAAUUUUUUUGUUUGAGAAUUUGUUCUCCUAUAGCACUAAUUGUAACUUGUGAUGCACCACCGGGGAAACACAUAUUUUACUUUCUUCCAACACGUUCUAAUAAAGUUAUAUUCCAUCUAUUAAACUUGUUUCCUAAUUAUAUGUUAACAACAAGCUUCAUUACAUUGUUAUUGCUGUAAAAUAUACUAUUACUAGGAAAGUCAAAAAUAUGAAUAUGGUGUAAACCUAGAAUAGGUAAGGAAACCAAAACUGUAGAAUCUGUAGUUCAUAUUAAAAUAUAAAUCGAUCGCUAAAAACUUACUUACUUAGUUGAUUCAAAAUAAUUGUACCUCAAUUUUAGAUGAUUCGGGCCAUUGUUAACAUAGUCAACGUGUUGAUAAAAACAGACACAUAUUAUCAUGUUUUGUUUCAUCUACCUUCACAUAUCAGGAAUGAUUUCCACACGCCAGCAUGGGUUUGUAAAGGGGAGAUCUACCAUAACCAAUUUAGCCGUGAAAACUCAAUACUUAUGGGAUUAUUGUUAUGUUUUCGCUAUCUUAUUGU